GAGCCGCCACAAGCUGCGAGACUGAAACAGAAAAAAUAAAACUAGUUUAUGUUUGAUAGCGUUAAUCUGCAGCCACGGUCCAAAUCACCUCCGCAGCAGUGACGCAGUCUGUCCAUCCCGACUUUACAGCGACAUUACUGCGCUUUUGAUGCGGGCUCAGCACCAAAAACCUCCUGUCAUAUUUGUGCCGGGGCUCCUGCUGUCCCUUUCGCGCAGCGUCCCUCUACAGUUUGUCCUCUAAGGUUACCGCACAAACUGUUUUCCGUGCGGGACAAUGCCUCUCAUUCAGCACGUCACCGACUCGGACCUGGAGCGUUUGGCGUUGGACCGGGUCGUCCCGUCGCUGCUGUCCCAGGGCUUCUGCUACCUGGACGAGUUUCUCGGCGAGCUGGUCGGGGACAUCCUGCUGGAGCAGGUGAGGGACAUGCACCGCGCCGAGAUGCUGCAGGACGGCCGCUUGGCCGGCUCGGUCCCCGGCGCCCCGAGGAGGAACAUCCGGGGAGACAAGAUCGCCUGGGUCAGCGGCGCCGAGAGGGGCUGCGAGGCCAUCAACUUCCUCCUGACCCUGAUCGAUAAACUGAUCUCCAAGUGCGCCGGGCGGCUAGAGAAGAAGGUGAUCCGAGAGAGGUCGAAGGCCAUGGUGGCGUGUUACCCGGGUAACGGGGCGGGUUACGUGCGGCACGUGGACAACCCGAGCGCAGACGGACGCUGCAUCACCUGCAUCUACUACCUCAACAGGAACUGGAACGCCAAGGAGCACGGCGGAGUCCUGAGGAUUUUUCCGGAAGGAGAACCCGACGUCGACAUCGAGCCGCUGUUCGACCGGCUGCUCCUCUUCUGGUCGGAUCGCAGGAACCCACACGAGGUGCAGCCCUCCUACGCCACCAGGUACGCCAUCACUGUCUGGUACUUUGACUCCGAGGAGCGAGCCGAGGCCAAGAGACGCUUCAGAGACCUGACAGCCUCCACCCGGCAGAGCAGCGGCUCCACCUGCUCCUGAGGAAAUGGCGCCCUCUAGUGUUGGACAGCCUGAGCUGCAGCAGCCGCCUCUCUCUCUCCCUCACUGAGACUCUCCGAGGAGGAGAAGCUGCUGAAAAGGAAAGUUGUGCUUUUUUGGGGGGGGGGGAUUUUGGACACGGGAAUUUAAAUUUUCAUCAGCCCAACGAGGAAUUUACUCUCCUUCUGGGAUCCAGGCUGAUGGAUAAUAAUGAUAAUAAUAUUUUUUAAUGUCCCGUGGACGGCUCUCUCUGCUGCUGCCGCUCUUACAACCUGAUGAAAACACACAAGUUUCACUUUGUAGGGUUGAAUGCUCUCAUAAGUGACCAGCACCUGAUCCAGACCUUUGUGUUUACAUGUGUUUCUGCUGAGGACACACUUCAGAAAAAAAGGACAUUUAAAAAACAAAAAAAAAAAACAAAAAAAAAACAGCAAACUGGCCCUUUAGACUUCAUCUCCUGCUCCAGCUUCAGAUGCAAAACUUCAGAGAAGAGGAGAAAAAGGAGGAAAAGGAGGAGGAGGACGACGCUGCUUUGUGACUUUACCUGAGCAGGUGGAAUCAGGACACACGACAGGACUGUGAGCGUCUCCGCCUCGCUGGAGACGAGGCUGUUAGAGCUGAAACUGUCUGGAUAUAAAACAGACAAAAAAAAAAAAAAAGUAUCUGCACUAUUUUA